ACGAGAAAUCCCAAUCCAUCCGAGAGGGGUAAGAGAUUCUGAAAAACAGAGACAGCCGCGUGAGUGGCCGCCGGCUGCCACACAAUUUUUUUACAAUUGCGGAAACAGCUAUGAGAUAAUACCUCAAAGGACCUUUAUUAUUAUAUAUCUCCAGCUGCUUCUCUUGGAAAUUCUUUUAUGGCAGCCUCAACAGCUAGGGCUUUCUUAGUCUAUCCGGCCACCCACCCCUCCCUCAGGCCUUAUCACCACCACCAACUUCUUCAACGGCUGCAACCCCCUCCUCAACCGCCACCCCCUUCUUCUGCCGACCUCCACCUCCUCAUCCGACCGUGGCUUCCGUCCAUCCUCCCCUGUAAGCGUAGGGGAUUCUCGUCGGCUUCCUCAUCCGCCGUCAGCUGCCUAAUUUCCGGAGUGGACGGCGGUGGAGUCUCUGACGAUUUCGUCUCCACUAGGAAGUCUGGAUUCAGCCGCGAAUUCUCCGUUAUCGCCAACAUGCUCAAGCGAAUUGAGCCACUCGACGCCUCCGUCAUCUCCAAAGGUGUAUCCGACUCCGCUAAGGACUCGAUGAAGCAGACCAUUUCUACUAUGCUGGGCCUGCUCCCAUCCGAUCAAUUUUCCGUCACCGUCUGGUUUCCCAAACGCCCUCUCGACCGCCUUAUCGUUUCCUCCAUAAUUACCGGGUAUACUUUGUGGAAUGCGGAGUAUCGGAUUUCGUUGAUGAGAAAUUUUGACAUAACUUUGGAUAUCUCCAAAGAUUAUCAACAUUUGGAGGAGAAUGGGGUUUCAGAGCUGAAGGGAAAACAGAGUGAACGAGCGGAAGGUAUAGCUAGGGUGGACGGUUGUGCGGAAGUUUUGGAUAGAAAACAGGGGGAUAGCCUCGGAAAUUUGUCUCCUGAAGUUGUGGAAUACAUUCAACAAUUGGAGUCGGAGCUGUCUAGUGUUAAACAGGAACUUCAUACCCGUAAACAGGAAAAUUUGCAAAUGGAGUAUGUCAAAAGGAGCAAUAAUGAUCUAUUAGAGUACUUGAGGUCUUUGGAUUCUGAUAUGGUUGCUGAAUUGUCAAGACCUUCAUCUUGGGAAGUGGAAGAUUUCAUUCACCAACUUGCACAAAAUAUAUUGCAAAGAUUUUUCAAAGAUGAGAUUACUUCCAAUGCUGGAGAGGAUUUUAGUCUAGCAAGUAUAGAAAAUUAUGAUAAUGGCAAUGAAUGUUCUGAUACGAUUGGCACUUCGCGGGAUUACUUGGCUAAGCUUCUUUUCUGGUGCAUGUUGCUGGGACAUCAUUUAAGAGGGUUGGAGAAUAGACUGCAUCUAAGUUGUGCCGUCGGCUUGUUGUAAGUAGGAGGGAAUGUACAUUCUGGUUGGAGAAUAGACUGCAUCUAAUCUAAGUUGUGCUGUCGGCUUGUUGUAAGUAGGAGGGAAUGUACAUUCUUCUUUUUUCUACUUCCUCUUUGUCAAAUUUUGUGUGAUCUUUUAUAUCAUUUUGUAUCAGCGGAAACAAGUUACCUAGUGUCAUGUGUAAGUUCAUAUGGAUAUCUAUAACCUUGUAUGUAAAAGAAUUGCUGCGAAGCUGGUGCUAAGAUCUCAACAUUUCUAUUUUCCCUGGCUACGGAUAUGAAGUCAUUCGUUUGAAAUUUGAGUUGAUAA